AUGGAAUGUUUACAUAUAUAAGUUGUCUCUUGUCAAAGUUGUUAUGUAACAACAUGGUCUAGUUGGGCUUGUAGUGUAACUUGUGGAAAUGGUACAUAUUCACGAUCAAGAAAUUGUAUAUCAAAUACAACAGAUACUUGUGAUACUUGUUGGGAAACAUCUUAUUUAUCAACUGAAAUUCAAACAAUGGAUUGUAUACGUGGUCCAUGUCCAUAUUGUACAUGGACAAAUUUCACUAUAUUACCAUGUUCAGCAUCAUGUAAUACUGGUUUUCGAUUACGAACACGUCAAUGUUUGACAAAUGAUAAUCAACCAUGUGGUACAUGUGAUGGUAGUGAUGUUAUAUCAGAAUCUUGUACAGAACUACCUGCAUGUCCUGAUUUAUGUCCAAUUAAUAGUCAUAUUGAACGAAAUUAUACAGAUUGUGGUGUUACAUGUCAAAAUCGUGCUGGUAAUUUAAGUUGUACAGUACGUUCUGUUGGAUGUGUAUGUGAUGCGGGUUACUUUCGAGAUUCUAUUGGUGGACAAUGUAUACAAGAAUGUAAUUGUGGUUGUCUCGAUUCUAUAGGUGGUUAUCAUACGUUAAAUCAAGUUUGGAAUGAAACUUGUAGUACAUAUAUAUGUAAUUCAGGUGGUAUUAUUGAACAAAUUGGUACUAUUUGUAAUACAAGUGUAAUACCAACAUCAGUCAAUGGCGGUUGGACUGAUUGGCAAAAUCCUAUUCCAGUUGUUUGUUCAGCAACUUGUGGCAAUGGUUCACGACCACAAUAUCGUACUUGUACAAAUCCAACACCACAAAAUGGAGGUUUAUAUUGUUCUGGUUCAGGCGUACAAUUAGUUAAUUGUUCAACUAAUAUAACAUGUCCUAGUACGGAUAUUUGGUCAAGUUGGUCAACAUGGAGUGGAUGUAGUGUAACAUGUGGUAAUGGUACACGUACAGCCUAUAGAAAUUGUACAAGAACAUCGUCUGGUGCAUCUGGUUCAGCUUCUUGUAAUGGAUCAAGUACUAAUGUAACAGCUUGUUAUGCUGGAGCUUGUCCGAUCAAUGGAGCAUGGACUACAUAUAGUACUUAUUCACCAUGUUCAUCGAUUUGUUCUCCUGGUUUGAGAGCUAGUCGACGUAAUUGUAUUAAUCAAACAUCUGGUGGAUUAUCAUGUAUUGGUUAUGGACUUCAAUUUCAAAAUUGUUCAGGAUAUAAUGAAUCUUAUCAAUGUGAUGCUAUUGGUUAUUGGAGUAAUUGGACAAGUUGGAGUACAUGUUCUGUAUCAUGUGGUAUUGGUUAUCAAUAUCAAACACGAACUUGUCUUGGUGCUGGUUUUGGUUGUGUUGGUGAAGCAAUAAAUACAACAACUUGUAAUACAAGUGUUGUUUGUCCAAUUGAUGGAGAUUGGACUAGCUGGUCUAGUUGGUCUUCAUGUCCAGCAACAUGUGGUACAGCUACAGUAUAUCGAACACGUAAUUGUACGGGUGCAUCAAAUGGUGGUGUUUGUUUGGGUUCAGUAUUGGACACACAACUAUGUGAUACAAAUGUUAGUUGUUCUAGCUUUCCAUAUAAUGCAACUAAUGGAGGUUAUUCUACAUGGUCAUCAUGGGGUCCAUGUUCUAGUACAUGUGGAACGGGUAUACGAAUACAAACAAGAUCAUGCACUAAUCCACUACCACAAUAUGGUGGUAAUUAUUGUGUUGGAUCUCCUAUUAAUAUUACAUCAUGUAAUUCUACACAACCAUGUCCAAUCAAUGGUAAUUGGACAACUUGGACAAAUUUUUCAACAUGUAGUGGUACUUGUGGAGAUGGUAAAAGAUCACGUACACGUCUUUGUGCAAAUCCACCUCCAGCAAAUGGUGGUCAACAAUGUACAGGAUCAUCAGUUGAAAUACAAAAUUGUUCAACUAAUAUUGAUUGUCCUGUUGAUGGAAUUUGGGGAAAUUGGAGUUUAACAAUAUCAUGUUUUGGUAUUUGUGGUAAUGGUACACAAAUCUAUACACGUAAUUGUACACCACCAAUUGGUGGUGGUCUUAUGUGUGCAGGUCCAACAAGACGAGAAGAAACAUGUAAUCUUAAUCGACCAUGUCCAAUUGAUGGUGGUUGGAGUAAUUGGAGUAAUUUUACAACAUGUAGUGUAACAUGUGGUAUUGGUGUUUAUUCCCGAAUUCGUGAAUGUAAUAAUCCAAUACCACAAUAUGGUGGAGAUUUAUGUAUUGGUCCACCACUUGAAACAGCUUAUUUUAAUGGUGGAUGGUCAAAUUUUACAAGUUAUGGUUCAUGUUCAGCUACAUGUGGUAAUGGAACACAAAUACGUACACGUAAUUGUAAUAAUCCUGUACCAGCAUUUGGAGGAUCACAAUGUUUUGGUGAUACAAAAGAAACACGAACAUGUUCAUCAAAUAGACCUUGUCCAAUUGAUGGUGGAUGGUCAAAUUGGACACAAUCAGCAUGUUCAUCAACAUGUGGAGUUGGUUAUCGAAUUCGACAGAGAAAUUGUUCAAAUCCAACACCACAAUAUGGUGGUAUUUAUUGUAUUGGUUCAGCACUUGAUACAAUUCUAUGUAAUGCAUCUAAUCUUACAUGUCCAGUUAUGGGAACUUGGGGUGCAUGGGUAAAUGCAACAGAUUGUUCAGCUUCUUGUGGUUAUGGUAUUCGUAUACGUAAUCGAACAUGUCUUCCAAUUGGUUCGAUUAAUUGUGUUGGUGAUUCAGUUCAAAUUGAAACAUGUGAUUCAGGAGUUAGUUGUGCUACUCCAGCUCCUUGGGAUUCAGUUGUUGGUAAUUGGAGUGAAUGGUCCGAUUGGUCACUAUGUUCUGUAAGUUGUGGAAAUGGUACACAGUAUCAAACAAGAGCUUGUAAUUCAUCAACUCCUUCAGAAGGUGGAUCAUUAUGUAGAGGAGAUGCUUUAAGAACACAAACUUGUGAUACAAAUGUUACUUGUCCAGUUAAUGGUAAUUGGACACAAUGGGGAAGUUAUUCAUCUUGUAGUACAACAUGUGGUGCUGGUAUUCGAACUCGAAUUCGAUAUUGUAAUAAUACAAAUAAUUUUAAUGAAUUAUGUAUUGGACAAGCAUUAGAAACAGCCACAUGUAAUGCUAAUAUUACAUGUCCUGCGGCUGGUGUUUGGAGAAGUUGGACAAGUUGGAGUACAUGUAGUGGUAGUUGUGGUACGGGUCUUCAAGUUCGAACACGAAAUUGUACAGUACAAGCUGGAGGUGAACAAUGUUCAGGUUCAUCAAUAGAAUCUCAAACAUGUAAUACAACUAUAAUAUGUCCAAUUGAUGGUGGUUGGGGAUCUUGGACAAAUUGGACUGAUUGUUCAUCUGGUUCAUGUGCUGCUGGUAGUAGUUAUCGUUUUCGUACAUGUAAUAAUCCUCAACCUUCAAAUGGUGGACAAAUGUGUACGGGUGAUGCAAUGGAAACAAAAGUAUGUUAUGGAAUACUUACAUGUCCAAUAGAUGGUAGUUGGUCAUCAUGGGGUGAAUGGUCAACAUGUUCAUCAACUUGUGCUGGGGGUCGUCGUUCUCGAUAUCGAAAUUGUUCAAAUCCUAUACCAUCCAAUGGUGGUUUAUCAUGUAUUGGAUCAUCAGUUGAAAUUGAUGGUACAUGUGGUAAUUCUACAUGUGGUUCUACUCCUGCUGUUGGAAUUGGUACAUGGGGAAAUUGGAAUGCAUGGUCAGAAUGUGCAGCUACAUGUGGAUCUGGUAUCAGACGACGAACACGAAAUUGUACAACAACAGGUUUACCUUGUAUUGGCUUAAAUUAUGAAAUAGAAUCAUGUAAUUCAUCUAUUAAUUGUCCUGUUGAUGGUAUUUGGGGAACUUGGAGUAAUUAUUCAGAAUGUACUGCUUCAUGUGGUAGUGGUACACAAACACGAACACGUCUUUGUAUAAAUCAAUCUGAUGGAGGACAAUCUUGUUAUGGUUCAGCAACACAAACAAUAUCAUGCAAUACAAGUGUCACUUGUCCAAUUGAUGGACAAUGGACAACAUGGAGUUCACAAAGUCCUUGUUCAGCUACAUGUGGUAUCGGAUUUACGGUUCGUACACGUACUUGUACACAAUUAAUACCAACAUUUGGUGGUGUUUCAUGUCCUGGUUCUUCAUUACUUUAUGAAACAUGUACAGCUGCACAAAAUUGUUCAAUCAAUGGACAAUGGGGUGCAUGGAAACCAUGGUCAGCUUGUACAGCUACUUGUGGUAAAAAUGCAACAAAAUAUACUACUCGAAUCUGUGAUAGUCCAGCUCCAUUAUAUGGUGGUAAUGGUUGUACAGGUGUAGCAUUUAAUAUAACGACUUGUACUGAAUUAUCUGAUUGUUUAUUAUGUGAAUCAAAUGAAGUAUAUACAAAUACAACUCCAACAUCUUGUCCUUCACUUUGUUCAAAUCCAAAUAAUAGAACAUGGUGUUUAACAAGUUUAUGGCAACCAAAAUGUUUAUGUCGAUCUCCUUAUGCAUGGAAUGAUGCAACAAAUUCAUGUUUAUUAUGGUGUGAUUGUGGUUGUUAUGGAUCAGAUAAUCAAAAAUAUGCUGUUGGAAGUGUUUGGCAAGAAAAUGAUUGUCGUACAUAUCAAUGUAUGUACUCAAAUAAUACUGUAGAUAAUUCUCCACAAUCAUUAUUAAUAUCUAAUAAUUGUUCAAAUUGUUCAUAUUUUGGUUGGUCAACAUGGUCAUCAUGUAAUGUAUCAUGUGGUCAAGGUUAUCAGACACGUACACGAUCUUGUCUUUAUUUAAAUACUAAUACACCAUGUAAUACAUGUGGAGGUAUUAAUACUCAAACACAAAUAUGUGAAAAUUCACCUUGUGAAGUAUGUCAACUUGGUCCAUAUAUACCAGCAACUGAUUGUUCAAAAACAUGUGGUAAUGGUACUCGAGCAUUAAAUCGAACAUGUUAUAAUGUAGCCUCAUCAAGUUCAUCAGUUCCACAAAUAUGUUCAACUGCAAAUCUAUGUGAGACGAAUACAACUAUUAUUGGAGCAUGUAAUCCAGAUAUAUGCAUUAUUUGUACUUGGUCUACAUGGGUUAAUGGUCGAUGUUCUGUAACAUGUGGUACUGGUUCAUAUACUCGACAACGUUUUUGUUAUGAUCAAUUUGCUAGAGAUUGUACAACAUGUGCUCCUACUAGUGACAUAAAUAGUACUAGACCAUGUUACUAUCCAAGUUGUCCAACAGGUCGUCGACGACGUAGUGUUAUUAGUUGGUUAUCUUCAUGGUUUGAUGAUUAA